UUCUCAGAAACGGUGUUCACUUUAAAACGAAAGCGAAACUGAUGUGUUGGUGUAGCGUACGGGUCCUGAACGUUUAUUUAGCUCCCUUACCGAUCACCAGCGGACAGAUGAUCAAACCAACAAGGAGAGAGAGAGAGUAAGAGAGGAUGUGAAAGACAAUGUGGAUAUACUAUACCGUUGGAUUACCGCGUCUUCUCUCUACUAGUUUGAACGUUUACUGAUGAUCAAGAACAGGAUUAAUACCGCUGUGAUUCUGUGAUUAAAAACGGAUUCUGCGUCGGAAAAUAUAAAAAGUGCAUCAGAAAAAAACCUACAUUUUGCACUCGUUUUGCAAAACGGAUGCCAGGGAACUGUGUAGCGAUGGGAGAGGGUUGGGACCGCUCUCCCCUGUAGGAUGGUCGCUCACAGCUCUGUGGAAGAACAAGACACAACAACAAAAGCACCUUCGUCAUCGUCGCCACCCUCGUCAUCGUCGUCACCUUCUAGACCUCUAGGCGCCUCCUCCACCUUCCUCUCGACUCCACACUUGGACCACCACGCAACCUCACCACCACCAUCAUCAUCACCACCAUCGUCAUCAUCAUCAUCAGUCUCCCAGUCACACCGUCAGCGCCCAUCCAACCAGUGUGUGGCGUCCCCUAUCCCAGGACCAGACCUGUUAGACCACAAACCCCCUCUUCCCCUCCUGGACCCAGUGCCCACCCACUUUCAUCUGUUCCCCUGCAAGGUAGACUUCCUGUUGAUCACUCGGACGGCCGCCAUGUUGGAACGUUCCGGCUUCUACUGGGGCCCGCUAGGAGUGGAGGAGGCUCACAGUCGACUGAAGGACGUUGCCACGGGAACAUUCUUGAUCCGGGACAGUCGUCAGAAAGACGUCUUCUUCACGCUGUCCUAUCGCGCGGCCAGCGGCCCGGUCAGCGUACGCAUCGUCUAUAAGGGACAACGGUUCGGCCUGGCAGGAAGUGAGCACUCUUUCCCCUGCCUCUUCCUCCUGCUCGAACACUACAUUCAUUCCUCUAAGAAAAGCCUGACCGUUCCGUACAGGAAGCAGCGCCCUACGCUCCAGGAACUGUGCAGGAAGCAGGUCGUGGAGUCAUGCAGCGGCGAGGUGGAACGGGUCGCCAGGGUCCCCGUCAACCCAGUCCUAAAACACUUCCUGUUAGAGUUCCCAUACAGGAUAUGAUGUCACAGGGGAUGCCGUUGAGGCGGGACUUGAUUUGGAUCGGGUCGGUACUGAAGGGUACGUACCGGAUAUGAUGUCAAAGGGGAUGCCGUUGAGGCGGGACUUGAUUUGGAUCGGGUCGGUACCGAAGGGUUUUUCAGAUCGGUCGCUUUGAAACUAGAGACCGGGUCGUGGUUAGAAACGAGGUCGGAGUUCAAAACCGCACCCUAUUCUCUAAACGGUGCACUACUCGACAGGGUCAUAGGUCACACUUGGUCUGGGUUUGGGUUUAUCCGGUUUGGUGGUGGUCCCUGGAGGAUUUUAAGGGACCGUAUAUAUGUGGACCACCACCACAACGACAACAGGUUAUGGGGCGGCUGCAUUAAAGAACCACCACCGGGGUUCUGGUUGUGUUCUGAUCCGGGUCGCUGACCCUGUGAGGUGGACGGUUUGGUUAGUGGACUGGUUCUGCCGUUGUAGGCAGGGCUGGGUUCUGGUUGUGUUCUGAUCCGGGUCGCUGACCCUGUGAGGUGGACGGUUUGGUUAGUGGACUGGUUCUGCCGUUGUAGGCAGGGCUGGGUUCGCUGUAGCACAACAACUCAAGCAUCAAUACUUUACAAUGUUUACAAUGUUGUUUACAAACUUUUACAACGACCAGGAAUGUUUACGCUACACAAUAUUACAGUACUGUAUGUAUAACUGUGUACUCUCUGGUACUACCAGGUAUAACUGUGUACUCUCUGGUACUAACAGGUAUAACUGUGUACUCUCUGGUACUAACAGGUAUAACUGUGUACUCUCUGGUACUAACAGGUAUAACUGUGUACUCUCUGGUACUAAUGGGUAUAACUGUGUACUCUCUGGUACUAAUGGGUAUAACUGUGUACUAUGUAGUACUGGCGGGUAUAACUGUGUACUCUCUGGUACUAACAGGUAUAACUGUGUACUCUCUGGUACUAAUGGGUAUAACUGUGUACUAUGUAGUACUGGCGGGGGGUAUAACUGUGUACUCUCUGGUACUAACAGGUAUAACUGUGUACUCUCUGGUACUAAUGGGUAUAACUGUGUACUCUGUAGUACUGGCGGGUAUAACUGUGUACUCUCUAGUACUAAUGGGUAUAACUGUGUACUCUGUAGUACUGGCGGGUAUAACUGUGUACUCUCUGGUACUAAUGGGUAUAACUGUGUACUAUGUAGUACUGGCGGGUAUAACUGUGUACUCUCUGGUACUAACAGGUAUAACUGUGUACUCUCUGGUACUAAUGGGUAUAACUGUGUACUCUGUAGUACUGGCGGGUAUAACUGUGUACUCUCUAGUACUAACAGGUAUAACUGUGUACUCUCUGGUACUAAUGGGUAUAACUGUGUACUCUGUAGUACUGGCGGGUAUAACUGUGUACUCUCUAGUACUAAUGGGUAUAACUGUGUACUAUGUAGUACUGGCGGGUAUAACUGUGUACUCUCUGGUACU